AUGGCGAAUGAAGAAAAACAACAAGAUGAUGAAAGACCUGUAACACCAUGGAAUUUAGCUAUUUAUUAUCGACGAAUUUUUCCAUCACAUAUUUAUUGUAAAUGGCUUGCUUAUGGAGAACCUGCUGCAUGUCCUCAGUUUGCUCAACGUGAAUUUAGUUUUACACUUGAAAAUGAUGUUUAUCGUCGUUAUCUUUCAUUUUCUAAUCAUAUUGAAUUUGAAAAAGAAUUAAUCAAAAUGUGUCCAGAAAAAAUUGAUAUUGGUACUGUUUAUUCAGCUAAACCAAAAGAUCAUAAAAUGCUUUCUGCUACACAAUUUUAUCCAAUUGAACGUGAACUUGUAUUUGAUAUUGAUAUGACUGAUUAUGAUGAUGUUCGAUUUUGUUCUCGUCGACAUGGUGUUCAUUGUUGGAUUUGUGAUCAAACAGCAAGAGAAUUACAAUCAAGUAUUCGACAAGCUAUUAGUGGAAAAGAUGCAUUAAAACGUGUAACACUUCAUUCUCCAUUACAUCCAUCACUUCAACACGCUCGUGAAAUAAUUUUAACUGAAUUUGAUGGUUAUGCAUGUUUAGAACAAGAUUUUCUUGUAGAUGAUCAACGUCGUCAUACAUUACGUGAAAUAUUUUCUGAAUUAUCAACAUCAGCAGAACGAUGGGCUGCUUUUAAACAACAUACUGAUGCAAUGAUUAAUUCAGUAACAAGUACAACUAAAUUUCGUAAAGUUGCAUAUACAACAUUAAUUGAUGAAAUAAUGUUUGAAUAUUGUUAUUCACGUCUUGAUGCAAAUGUAACAAAAGGAAUGAAUCAUUUACUUAAAUUUCCAUUUAGUAUUCAUCCAAAAACUGGUCGUGUAUCAAUACCAAUUGAUUUCGAUUCAUUAAAAUAUUUUGAUCCAUGUAAAGAAGGUUCAGUACCAAAAUUAAAUGAAUUAUGUCAACAAGUUGAACAAUUACCAAAACAAAAUCAACAAAAUGAAGAUGGAAUUUAA